AUGAGUAUUCGUGACGAAAAAGCGAUCGAUAACGCGGCGCGCGACGCCCUGUUCACCGCGCUUCUGCGUAAAGGUGGGAAUCGAGUGUGCUUCGACUGUGGGUCGCCGUGUCCGAAGUGGACGAGUAAGAAUUUUGGGGUUUUCGUGUGCUUGGAUUGCAGCGGCGUGCACCGGUCGCUCGGCGUGCACGUGACGGCGGUGAAGAGCGCGAACAUGGAUCGGUGGACGGACGGUGAGCUGGACGUGUUCAGAGUGACGAAAGGGAACGACAAGGCGCGGGCGUUCUUUUCGAAACACGGUUGGAGCGCGGCGGAGCGAGGGCGGAUUGGGCAGAAGUACACUUCUCGCGCGGCGAUGCUGUACCUGAAGCAGAUUCAGAAGGAGGUGGAGGAGCUUCGAGCAGCGGGAGAGAUGGCGACGACGAUGACGUCGCCUCGAGCUGGGAACAUGCAGGAGGAUGAUGACUUCUUCAAAUUGACGGAAAGGGAGGCGGCAACGAAGAAGGCAGUCGAGGUACCAAAGUCCGCAGCCACUCAGGUGCCUGCGAAGGCGGAGACGAUGCAGCGACAGACGAUCGAGGUCAAGAAGCCGAUUUUAUCGAAACCCCGCAGUUCGAUCUUCGCAAAGCGUCCGAUGAUGAGUCUGCCGAAGACGAAGACCGUUCUAACUCCCCAGGGCAUGAUGCCAAAGACGCCAGUAGUUGCGCCUCCUGCGGAAGGGCCGGAGUUUCACGACGCCGUGGAAACCGUUGAGGAAGCCAAGUCGCCGGUCGCGAGAGAUGAACCGUCGCCGAUCUGGGCACCACAAUCAGCUCCAGCGCAACCGGCACUCCUGCAGCCAGAGGUGAAGAAGGCGACGAACAUCGGUCGAUCCGCGGACGGUCACGUCAUGCUCCUCAAACCAAAGUUCACGUCAAGCGUAUCUUCUGAGGCAAAAUCAAGCAGUCCGAGUGGAACGUACAAGCCCAACUACUACAGUAAUCCCGACCCUCGAUACGGAUUGCACAACAUUCAGGGCGCGCACGCGCAACACUCGGCCGUUGGCAGGUACUCCGGUGGCAACCAAGGGAACUCAACGAGCUCGGCGUCGUCGUACGAUCCCUCCUACGGGGAAGAAGAUGUCAACCUUUCGACGUCUAGUUUGAUGCAAAAGAUGAAAAUUGCCGCGAAGGAUGAUCUACAUAAGGUCAGAGAGGUAGCUUCUCGAGGCUUCAAUGUCGCAAAGGGCUUCGCGCGAAAUGUUUACGAAGAAUUGCAAAAGUCAUAG